GUGGAAUUGAUAAGUUUUGGUGUUUAGCUUGCUGACCGGAACAUUUCUCUUCUACAACCAUGGUUAUUCAAGGAAGCAACGUUUGCGUUCCACGCCCUACUGUAAAGAACUUAGUUAAUGAAGUUUCAGGAUGUGGGAAGAUAAGUAUCCAUCUACGUCGGAUAGAGGACCAGCUUGACAACUGUGCCACGAUUGUUAAAGGAAUAACGAAUGAUCUGGACAAGUACAUUUACUUACGUUGUUUACAGCACGCCAAUGAAGACUUGUUCUACGCUAGCCUGGUCAGCAACCUGAAGGUUCUGCUUCCAGUAGUGUACACCCCCGUGGUGGGGUUGGCCUGUCAGAAGUACGGACUUGUACCUUGGCAGCAGCAUGGACUGUUCAUAUCCAUUGAAGACACGGGAAAAGUGGAACACAUCUUGAGAAAUUGGCCUCAGAAGGAAAUAAAAGCAAUUGUAGUUACGGAUGGAGAGCGUAUUCUAGGACUGGGAGAUCUUGGCGCCAACGGUAUGGGUAUACCUGUCGGCAAACUGGCCUUGUAUACAGCAAUAGGAGGAGUGAAUCCAAAAUAUUGUCUACCUGUCACUCUAGAUGUGGGGACCAACAACCAGGAACUUCUGAAGGAAGGGUCCCCUUACGUUGGGCACCGAAAACGACGUGUGUCUGGAGACGAAUACGAGCAGCUUGUCGACGAAUUUAUGGAGGCCGUUAUUAAGGUUUACGGAAAGAAUACACUGAUUCAAUUUGAAGAUUUCGCAAAUCAAAACGCCUUCAAGUUCCUACACAAAUACAGGGACCAAUACACAAUGUUCAAUGACGACAUUCAGGGGACUGCUGCUGUUACUGUGGCGGGUAUUUUGGCAGCUGUAAGAUUCACAGGCAAAACACUGGAACACUCCAAGGUGCUAUUCGUGGGUGCUGGGGAAGCAGGAGUAGGUAUCGCCAGUUUACUAGUGAGAACUAUAGGAGGGGAUCCUGCAGAGGCCAGGAAGAGAAUAUAUAUGAAGAGAAGCAACAGAAUGAUUGUUAAAGGAGACGAAACGAGUUAUCCAGAUGAUGACGACAGAAGGUUGUUUUGUCACAAGGUGCCGGAGGGAGCAGAAAUCAAAGAUUUGGCAAAAAUAAUUCAAUGGCUCAAGCCUGACAUUUUAAUUGGCGUCUCAGGGGCAGGACGACUCUUUACCAAGGAAGUUCUAGAGGCGAUGGCUGAAGUUUCAGACACUCCGAUCAUCAUGCCACUCAGCAACCCUACCUCCCAGUCCGAGUGUACUGCUGAAGAAGCCUACACUCACACCAAGGGCAAGUGUCUGUUCGCGAGCGGGUCCCCGUUUCCCCCAGUAAAUGUUCAAGGGCAGAUCCGUCACCCUCAACAAUGUAACAACGCCUAUAUCUUCCCUGGGGUGGCGCUGGCUGUGACGGCGACUCAGAUGACCAAUGUGCCUGAAGAGGUGUUCCUUAUCGCAGCCAAGACUUUGGCGUAUUCGUGCACCAAUCAAGAAGACUUUGACCAAGGCAGUCUGUUUCCUUCUCUGGACCGAAUCAGAGCCUGCUCUUUAGAGAUCGCUGUGGAAGUAGCUAAAUAUGCUUUUGAUAAAGAUUUAUCUGCUCUUCCAUCAAAGCCUGAGGACAUCAAAGAGUUUAUUCUUAAACACCACUACAGUCCACAUCAUUAUUUCCAUCAUCAGUCACAUCAUCAUUGAUUAACAAUGGUAACUAUAUUAUUUAUAUAAUUUUUUAUAACUCACGGUUAAAAGUGUAUGUUAUUG